AUGAAAACAUAUAUUUAUUUAUUAUUUAUUUCGCUAUUAUUAUUUACAUUUGUAAUUAUUCCUAUUAAAUGCGCAUCACGAAAGGAUGAUUCGGUACCUGAAUCUAGCAGCAAGCCAGAUCCUGGACCUUCUACAAGCUCUUUAAAUCCUUUAGGUAUAGUUUAG